AUGUCAGACUGGUCACGGGAAGCAUCUAAGAUGUGUGACGUCUACAGCAGGUCUGCAUUAACGAUAUCAGUCCCAAUUUGCGAAGAAUCUUCACAGAGCUUCUUAGCGGAGCGGCGCAAGGGGUACCAGGAGCAGAACCCAUACUCCAUCAUCACAUACAAGGAAAACGAUUCGGAUUUGAAAGGUAGUCUCUGGAUGCUUCAGAAAGGUCAAAUAUUUCGUGCUGGCCCCUGGUUCCUGGAAUCCCACAUCGUCAACUAUUGGAUACAUCCAAGUUAUUCGAGGAAGCGCUGGUUACAGCGCGGCUGGACCUUUCAGGAAUGGAUGCUCUCGCCAAGGGUGCUGCAUAUUGAUAGCAUGACACUGUGGGACUGUUUCGUUGGUUACGCUAAUGAAAUAAACCGCAGACAUAUGACAACGCCAGUGCCCCCAAGAGGCUCAGGGGCUUUCGGGUUAAGUCUACCGUGGGAGGCGGUCGUAGCCGAGUACUCGCAGCGCGAGGUCACACACGAGAAAGACGUGAUGCCUGCAAUCGCUGGGCUUGCCGCCCGUUAUGCUCAAGCCGCAGGCCAUACUUACCUUGCCGGCCUGUGGCUCGAAGACAUGCCACGCUCGCUACUGUGGGAGCGCACGCCCUUCGGGGAGCCAGACCGCCUGUAUGGCAAAAGAAACGCACCCUCGUGGAGCUGGGCGUCUUUGGACGGACCUGUGGUUUACACGGCUCCUUUCGACGAAGAUAAGGCUCCCUGGGAGGAAGAAAGCCGUCAUACAGCAAGAGCCUGCAUCUUGUCCGUCUUCUGCCAGUACGAUCCGCCCGACUCAUUCUCGGCGGUAGUGGGAGCAUGGAUCGACGUCAGCGGUCGCGUCAGCGCUGUGACGGAACAGGGCGAAUCCAAUGACAAGAUCCGGGCUGGGGAUACGUGGUGGCAUUCAAGGCCAGACCAAGGGGAACCAUUCCCGGAUGAUGUGAUCGUCCAGGCCAAUGUCUACUUGCUUCUUCUUACUUCCUGCACGUGGCAGGCGAGAGCUCACCAUGGCGCCCUUGUCUUACAGGAGUGUGGUUGGGAAGAUGACCGGCAGUGUUUUAAGAGAUUGGGUGUUGCGUAUCUGGAGUGUGAAGAAGAGAAAUUGUGGACUCCAGAGUCUGGAUUCUCAUGGGAGGCCAGAACUCUUCGUCUCGUCUGA